GAAAACCAUGUGCAAACAUAUCAAAGCACUUAUCAAGUUUCAUUAGUUAUUCAAUAAUAUUUUUGUUUCUUUUUUCACAAGGAACACAGAUACACAUGAUUCAAAGCUUGCAAUCAAAUUUAAGAGUACUCAGUUUUUCUUUUUCUUUUGUGAGUUUUAGUUUUCUCAAACUUGUGUUUUUUUUCAACCAUGUUCAAGAGGGUAUUUUCUUGUUUGUGUCUCUUCUAUGGAGGAUUAUCCAUGGCUGCAAGUGAUAGUAGGAACAGUUCAAGAACACUUGAUCAAACACCAACAUGGGGUGUUGCUGCAGUUUGCACCGUUUUCAUCUUGAUAUCCAUAGCCCUUGAGAAGAGUCUUCACAAAUUAGGAACGUGGUUAGGAAAAAGAGAAAAGAAGGCUCUGCUUGAAGCUCUAGAGAAGGUCAAGGCUGAGUUGAUGAUUUUAGGAUUCAUUUCACUGUUAUUAACUAUUGGACAGAAUUACAUUGUCAGAAUAUGUAUUUCUGAAAAAAUUGCAAACAAAAUGCUACCAUGUCCACAUAAAUAUAUAGGUGGUGAUAAGAAAUCAAAUAGUAAAGUGGAACAAAAUAGGAUACCAGUGUCUUUUGAAGGUAGAUAUUUAGCUGCUGAUACUCCCUCCUUCAAAUGCAGCAGGAAGGGACAUGAACCACUUUUAUCUGUGAAUGGACUGCAUCAGUUACACAUCCUCAUAUUCUUCCUAGCAGUCUUUCAUGUGUUUUACAGUGCUGUCACAAUGCUUCUUGGAAGACUCAAGAUACGUGGAUGGAAGGAAUGGGAGGAAGAGACUUUAACUCAUGGUUAUGAGUUUGCGAAUGAUGCUGCAAAACUCAGGCUCACUCAUGAAACAUCAUUUGUUAGAGCUCAUACAAGUUUUUGGACUAGGGUUUAUAUUGGCUGUUUCUUUAGACAGUUUUAUAGGUCUGUUCGUAAGGUCGAUUACCAGACUUUGCGCAAUGGAUUUAUUAACGUCCAUCUAGCUCCCGGAAGUAAAUUUAAUUUCCAAAAGUAUAUCAAAAGAUCAUUAGAAGAUGACUUCAAAGUAGUUGUGGGAGUAAGUCCUGUUCUCUGGGCAUCAGCUGUAGUUUUCUUGCUCCUAAACAUUGAUGGAUGGCGUACUCCAAUAUGGGCAUUCUUGAUUCCAAUUAUUAUAAUUUUGGCUGUUGGAACAAAACUUCAAGUGAUAUUAGCAAGAAUGGCUCUUGAAAUCUCAGAGAGACAUAUAGUUGUACAAGGAAUGCCUCUUGUUCAAGGCUCAGAUAGAUACUUUUGGUUAGGGCAACCUCAAUUAGUUCUUCAUCUUAUCCAUUUUGCUUUGUUUCAGAAUUCAUUCCAAAUAACAUAUAUCUUGUGGACAUGGUAUUCUUUUGGUCUGGAAAAUUGUUUCCGUUUGGACUAUAAGCUUGCCAUUAUAAAAGUAGCUUUUGGGAUUGUGAUGCUAUGCCUCUGCAGCUACAUUACCCUUCCUUUAUAUGCUCUUGUAACACAGAUGGGUUCAAGGAUGAAAAAAUCAAUAUUUGAUGAACAAACAUCCAAGGCGUUAAAGAAAUGGCACAUGACUGUGAAAAAGAAGCAUGUAAAGCUAGGAAAGUCCACUAUAGGAACCAUGGAUGGUAGCACCAUUGUUGGAUCAACAAUGCAGUCCCCUGGACCAGCACUUCACCGUUUCAAGACUACUGGCCACUCGACACGAUCUUCAACCAUUGAUGAACAAGAUGAAUAUGAAUUAUCUGAUAAUGAGUUGAUGGAAACUAACUUGAUUGUAAGAGUUGAUCAUGAUGAGCAAGAAGCAGAAGAUAGGCAUCAUCAUAGUGAGGGAGAAGCCAAUAAUGAUGAUUUCACUUUCUUCAAGCAUGUCAUUAAAAGAUUAGUUUAAUACCUGUUUUUUCAUUUUUACUUAAAUGUCUAACAAAUUGUAUUUGCCACAUCAUAAUAUGGAGGUAUUUGACUGCAUUAAAUGAUUGUUUUGGUCUUGGUUUAUUUGUAGGGAAGACAAGAAUAAAAAUUUGAU